GUUACCGGUUGACUGUUGACUAAUAUCCGGCAAUUGUCUUGGAGUGAAUUUGUUGGGCGAUACAUGUGACAAAGUUUUCAUCUUCACGAAAAAAUGGCUUUGCACGUACCAAAAGCGCCAGGAAUGGCACAAAUGAUGAAAGAAGGAUCAAGAUACUAUUCUGGUCUGGAAGAAGCUGUUUAUAGAAAUAUAUCUGCCUGCAAAGAAUUCGCUCAGACAGUCCGCACAGCCUACGGUCCAAAUGGAAUGAACAAGAUGGUUAUAAAUCAUCUUGAAAAAUUAUUCGUAACCAGUGACGCGGCAACCAUCAUCAAAGAACUCGAAGUGGAACAUCCUGCUGCAAAACUCAUGGUACUUGCAUCAGAAAUGCAAGAAGCUGAAGUUGGAGAUGGAACGAAUUUUGUUAUCAUUUUUGCAGGAGCUUUGCUCGAAGCUGCUGAAGAACUUUUACGCUUGGGAAUAACAACCUCUGAGAUUGUAGAAGGUUACGAAGCUGCAUUGGAAAAAGCAUUGGAGGUGUUGCCAAGUUUGGUAGUGUACGAAGUAAAAGACAUAAGAAACGUGGAAGAGGUCAAGAGAGGAAUAAGGACAUCGAUAAUGAGCAAGCAGUACGGGAAUGAGGAUUUCCUAGCCGGGCUUGUGAGUCAGGCAUGUGUUUCGAUAUUGCCAGAAAAGACGACCUUCAACGUGGACAAUGUACGAGUGACGAAAAUCUUGGGAGCGGGCUUACAGUCGUCGCAGAUUAUUCAAGGGAUGGUAUUCAAGCGACACGUCGAGGGUGACGUGACUAAAAAGACGAGCGCUAAAAUCGCGAUUUUCACAUGCCCGGUUGACGUAACGCAAACGGAGACGAAAGGAACCGUUCUCAUUAAGACAGCCGACGAAUUGAUGAACUUUUCCCGAGGCGAGGAAUCUCUUCUGGAGAGCCAGAUUCAGGCGAUCGCGAAAAGCGGAGCUACAGUGGUUGUUUCCGGUGGUAAAUUCGGCGAUAUGGCGCUCCAUUAUAUGAACAAAUAUGAGCUCAUGGCUGUACGAAUUCCAAGUAAAUUCGACAUCAGGCGUUUAUGCAAAGCUGUUGGCGGCACGGCUCUCUCGAAAAUAAUUCCGCCAACGAGCGAGGAACUUGGCUAUGCCGAUUCCGUCCACACCGCUGAACUCGGUGAUACCGCCGUCGUCGUUUUCAAUCUUGAGAGCAAGGAAAGUCGUAUCAGCACCAUCGUUAUUCGGGGUUCAACCGAGAACUUUAUGGACGAUAUUGAACGCUCCAUCGAUGACGGUGUCAACACCUUCAAAGGCAUGUCUCGUGACGGACGAUUUCUACCUGGCGCCGGUGCUACUGAAGUCGAAUUAGCUGCACAAAUUUCCGAUUAUGCCGACACUCUGCCUGGCUUGGAUCAAUACGCCGUCAGAAAAUUCGCCGCGGCUCUUGAAACAUUCCCCAAAACUCUCGCUGAAAAUAGUGGCAACAAGGCCUCUGAACUACUGUCAAAACUCUACGCUGCUCAUAAAGAAGGCAAAAAAAAUUAUGGUUUCGACAUCGAUGGCACUGGAGCUGCUCUGAUCGACGCAAACGAAGCGCACAUAAUUGAUGCUUUCAUUACAAAAUCAUGGGGCCUCAAGUACGCUGUUAGUGCAGCUUGUACGAUUCUUAAGGUCGAUCAAAUUAUAAUGGCGAAACGAGCCGGUGGACCAAAACCUCGCGCCGGAAAUGCCAACAGUGACGACGAGUCGUAAACACCAAGGAAAUUUUACUUGUAUUAUUUGUUUCUCACGAAUACUGUCACUUUUAAAGUCUAAACAUAUAUUUUGAAGCUUAAGAAUGUUUUUUUUUGCUCGUUCGCUGAUCAACCAAUUACGUUCUCGCAACAUCCACAAGUUUCUUUACGAAUUAACCGAUUUUGUAAUGAAACUAAUUUGUACUGUUCAUUUUUCAUAAUAAUAAAAAAUAAGUUCACCCGA